UCAAACAGCACUCUCCCGAUUGUAUAAAUGGCUCCUCAAUGCAGAGCUGGCGUUACUCCUUAUUCUGCUUAUCUUGCAUGUCCUUGUCUCUCCAUUAUUUUACGUCUGUGCUUUCGUCUUCAUUGUAUUUCCAUACCCACCACCAUCACAACCACUAAUUGGAAUUCCCAGUGCUUGGUGCGUUUUAAACGAUUGGAUUGGGCUUCCCUCACACUGAAGUAGCGAGCACAAUGAUUCGAAGGACUCUGUGCUUUCCCAGUUUAAGGAAUUUGCUUCUUCGAGCUGCUUGUGCGUCUUCUUCGUCUAAGCAGAUCGGAGCUUACAAUUGCUAUGCAUCUCAGUCCUCCCCUCUUCACGUCCCCAACCCAACUUACAGUGAUGACGAGUAUGCUGACGUGGACUGGGAUAAUCUUGGUUUUGGACUCAUGCCUACUGAUUACAUGUACAUUACAAAAUGUAGAAUGGGCCAAACUUUUGGAGAAGGACAACUCAGUCGUUAUUGUAACAUUGAACUUAGUCCAUCAGCUGGAGUCCUAAACUAUGGUCAGGGAUUAUUCGAAGGCACGAAAGCAUACAGAAAAGAAAAUGGGCAGAUACUGCUGUUCCGUCCAGAAGAAAAUGGCAUCCGCAUGAAGAUUGGUGCGGAAAGAAUGUGCAUGACAUCCCCUUCCAUUGACCAAUUUGUUGAUGCUUUGAAGCAAACUGUCUUGGCAAACAAGCGAUGGGUUCCUCCACCGGGCAAAGGAUCGUUGUACCUUAGGCCUUUGCUCAUUGGGACUGGUCCAGUUUUGGGUUUGGCUCCUGCACCUGAAUGCACCUUCCUCAUAUAUGCUUCCCCUGUGCGCAACUAUUUCAAGGAAGGUUCGGCUCCCCUCAACUUGUAUGUGGAGGAAAACUUUGACCGUGCUUCUCGCCGCGGUACUGGAAGCGUUAAAACCAUUUCCAAUUAUGCCCCGGUCUUGAUGGCACAAAUUAAAGCCAAGAAAAGAGGAUUUUCGGAUGUGCUAUACCUUGAUUCCCUCACCAAGAAAAAUCUGGAGGAGGUCUCUUCUUGUAACAUCUUUAUUGCCAAGGGCAAAUGCAUCUCAACACCUGCUACCAAUGGAACUAUUCUUUCCGGAAUUACCAGAAAAAGCUUAAUUGAAAUUGCUCGUGAUCUUGGCUACCAGGUUGAGGAGCGUGCUGUAGCCGUGGAUGAACUGAUUGAGGCUGAUGAAGUUUUCUGCACAGGAACUGCGGUUGGUGUUGCUCCCGUGGGGAGUAUCACAUACCAGCAUAAAAGGAUGGAAUAUAAAACAGGUUCUGGAACCAUUAGUGAAGAGCUGUACAGUACUAUUUCGGGAAUUCAAACGGGUAUUAUUGAAGAUAAGAAGGGAUGGAUCGUUGAAAUAGACUAAGAGCCUGUUUGGAAUUGUUUAUUUGAUCAAUGUAAUUAAUUAAAUAAAUCUUAAAAAAUAAAUAUUUUCUCAAAACAAAAUUUACCUCCUUAAUAUUCUCAAUGCUAUAGUAUAGUAAAAAUAACUGAAAUACUGUGGU